AUAAUCUCGGUGGUUUCCCUCUCCAAAGCUUAGACUUUUUAGGCUGCUGAAUUAGCUUCCGGUUUCAAUUUGUUUCUAUUUGCAUUCAACAAAUUACAUGGUUGAACUCGACGUCGAGAUCCCCACUGCUUACGAUCCAUUUGCUGAGGCCAAGGACUCUGGUGCCCCUGGGGCCAAAGAGUAUGUGCAUAUCCGUAUACAGCAAAGGAAUGGAAAGAAAAGCCUGACUACGGUUCAAGGGCUGAAGAAAGAAUUCAGCUACGAGAAAAUCCUUAAGGACCUCAAGAAAGAGUUCUGCUGCAAUGGUAAUGUUGUGCAGGACAAAGAGCUUGGCAAGGUGAUCCAACUUCAAGGAGAUCAGCGCAAGAAUGUGUCCAAUUUCCUUGUUCAGGCUGGCAUAUUGAAGAAGGAUCAGAUCAAAAUACAUGGUUUUUAAGGUUUCUGGUAUUUUGUGUGUUGUGUGGUCGUGUCAGUUGAUGAUAGGUAAUUACCACCAGGUUCACCCUGUGUGGUUGGUUAUCUAGACUCAGUUUUACCUAAUUUGGGUUUUUUUUCUUUCCUUUUAUUUCCUGCUUUGAUAUGUGUCAUGGGUUCUUCAGUGAAUUGUACCCGGAUCUUCAGUUCCUAUAUCAGUAAUAAAGUUCAUAGUUUUGUAGUUACAAUGGUGUGAGCUUCUCUCUAUUCUCUCCUCUUUUUGUUUGGGUCUUUUGCUAGAUAUGAUGAAAGUGUGGUACUGUUUUGCUUUGUUGGGGAUUGUUAAGAGCAUUCUUCGUCUGAAGGCUUUCUAUUUGCUUAUUCAUGAGCCUAUUGAAAAAUUC